GAGCAAGAAAGGAGUGCACUCAUUCAAGUUAUUUGGGAACAAAAACAAAAAUAUAGUAGACCAUGAAAUUGUGGAGACAGUUGAAGUCCUGAAACAGAAACUCAGCGACUAUGAUGAUAAUAUUACAAAUAAAGACAAGUGUGCAUUGCACUAGCCAUUGCAAACACUAAAAACCAUCGCUAUCGUCUGCAAAAUGUAUUUCAUACGCACAAGGCAGAAUAUUCCCCAUCUCCUCUGCCAUCUGUGGCAAGUGACAAUGCUGAUGAAGAUGAGGGACUCAAGCCUUCAGAGAAACACACAGAAUAUUCCCCAUCUUCAGAGAAAGGGUCCAUGAGUAAUCCAUCCGAUGACGAUGGAUUUAUAAAAAUCAACUUACCGAAGAACCCAUCAUUCUUUUUUAUUGAAAGGAAUGAUUGGGAAAAGCUGAAGAAGAACAGACAGAAAAGAAGCUUUAAAGGACUCCAGUGGACAAAUAUAAUUUCGAAAGGUCUGAGGACCAUACACCCAUACUGUUCCAUUGCCUUUAAAAGGCACAAACUGAAGGUUAUGGGUUCGAUACAAGCGAGCCCUGAAUUCUCCUGCCUUGGUUACUGCAGAUUUGAGGAUUGCCCUGUCACAGUAACAGUUACUGUGGACAGUGAAGAGGACCUCAAGGCAAUAGUAGAAUACCAAGGGGAGAAGAGUAUUCAUAAUUUAACGGAAUUAAAAAGAAGACCUGUUAGGGCACAUGAAAGAAAAACACUGGGCGAAGACUUACAAAGACAGCUCCCACGAGCUAUGUACCUUGACAAAAUAACAAAAAUACACGAAGAUGUUAUGGAGUCUGGCUGUCGGGAUGAGGCUCCAAGUCCCAAUGUCCUGAAAAAUAUAUCGUGGGAAGCACGUAAGAGAAGCCGGCAGCACAGUAACGAAGUCAUAAGUCUUCAAAUCAUGCUUGACCAGAAAAAAGGCAGUCCUGAUGAGGUCCUCCAGAAAGUAAUGCUACACCCAAAAGGGGUUCUUCUUUGGUCACGCAGGGGGAUUGAAAUAUAUCAGGAGCGAUGCCAGGAGGACAUUGUCUAUCUGGAUGCGACUGGCAGCAUCAUGAGAAAGCAGAAAGGAUCUCCUCCUUUCUAUGUCUAUGAGUUGGUGGUUAGGAAUCCCCACAAAAACUCAUCUCCACUACCUGUUGCCACAUACCUUACCUGUGAUCACACCACGGCCUCAGUUAACUACUUUCUAGAGGCGUUUCAGACUGAUGUGGCAAGGUGUUUUGGGAGAAAAGGUAUGCAGUCACCCAUCAUGAUCCUGUGUGAUGGGUCAAUGGUGUUGAUGCAGGCAAUAUGCCUGUCAUUUGCCAAAAAAAACCUGAAAGACACCAUUAACCACUACUAUAAUAUAGCAAGUGGUAAAGGAAAAAAAGAAGAUUUUGUGGUGCCAAUUCUUCAUCGUUGUCUCAGCCAUGUAAUGAAGAAUGCAAAGGAAAUGUGCAGAAAGUAUGCGCCAAAACACUACCAUCUGGCCAUGCACGUCUUUGGUUCCCUGACAACUGCAAGCACUUUAAUAGAACUAGAUGACAUGGUUCAAAGUGCUGCUGUUGUGUUCUCCAGUCCAUCCUGUGGGCCCAAUGUAGAGAAACAUUUCAAAAACCUGCAGUCGUGGAUGCAGAGAACAGCGACUACAUUGGAUGAGACAACCAAGUCCAAAAGUGAGAGCUUGAAGGACAUCGAUGGAGUCAACAGAUUUGCAACACGUUGCAAAGAAGUAAUUUCCAAUGCUCCACUAGACAUGUAUGGAGAGCCGAAUGUUUACUUCUGCAGAGGCCUUAUCGAGCACCUCAACAAAUACCUUCUACCUUAUUCUGGAUUGUGGACCGGGAUAAUGCUAGGUGACCUUGGACGACAUGGGACGGGACCACAAUAUGAGCAGUGCUCUAGGAAAUGCAACACCAUCAGAAAGCUUCCAAGACAAAACAUAACAGAGGACAACAGAACCCAGGGCAUUAUGGAAAAGAGCCAGUGGGAUUUAAAACACAUUCGAUUUCCCUCUGGCCGCCUGACUAGGCUUGAUGAUUUUGUGUCCUGCUAUCAAACUAGUCACACUGCUCUCCUGAAGGAGUAUGAAGAUUCCGAAAGAGUUGUUAGAAGAAAGACGUACAGAGUGGACCAAGAAAAGUGGAAAGAACGGCAGCAGAAAAAGAGGGGGAGAUAUGUUACACCACUCCGGAAGCCGUUUCAUUUCAAGACAUCGAACAAGAAGGUUGACUCCUCAGUACCUGACGGUGCCAUUGGGAAACCAAAGUCUUUACCACAGCCUAGUUCAUCUGUACUGGGGGACCAUGAAGAAACUUUGGAUGGAAAGGAUGUAGUACAUGGGGACAUGUCAAACAAACCUCAGACACCAUCCAAGACAUCAAUAACCCCACAGCAUCAACUAAGAAGGCUUUCUAGUAUCACAAGUUCUUACUAGUAACUUUUAAAGCUCACCUCCUGGUGGAAAAGAAAAGACACAGAGGUUGUGGUUUCUGUGAUCCCGACCCAGAACAUAGGGCAAACAAUUAUUGUUCGUCACCGUGAGCUCCGUACACUUCAACCACACCGGUGGUUAUAUGGCGAGAUAAUUGAAGGCAUGUUUCAUCUUGCUGUCAAUCAGCUGGAGAUGGGGAACUCCAUAUAUAUUC